AUGAUCGGAAUCGUUGCUGGUGGAGGAAGGACCGACAAGCCGAUGUUGAAGGCCGGAAAUGCUUACCACAAGUACAAGGCGAAACGACACAGCUGGCCACGCGGUGGUAUGCCAGCUCCCGGUGGAUUCGGAGGACCUCCUCCGAAUGCGGGUGUUCCACCGGUUCCCCGGGAACUUCCGCCGGGCUUUGAAAAUGUGCUCCCCAGUGACAAGCUUGCCGAGUUGCGAGCUAUUCAUGAGAGCACAACUCUAUCCAACGAGGACAAGCACGAUAGAAUCGAUAAACUAUUGACCGCCCUCCCGAGCGAAGUCCUGGAUCGGUUACCGGUUAACCCUGCACUGGAGAAGUUGCCCGAGGACGUGAAGCAGCAAAUCAAGUCGAUCACACGCGAUAAGACCAUCGACUGGCGCGCAAAGAUGCAACGGGUGCAGCAGUAUAUACAGUCACUUCCGGAUGCAAUCAAGAGACUUCUGCCGCCACCACCUCCGCCUGGAUUUGAGUAUCUCCCUGAAGAUGCUAAGGCCGCCCUGAAAGCAAUCCAAGAGAAUCCGAACCUUGGUUUCCGGGAGCGCUACUACAAAGUUAAGGAAGUGAUGGACCGUCUUCCGGCGGAAGUCCGGGCUAAGCUCCCACCCCCACCCCCACCACCGCCAAUGUUC